AGAUCACUAAAAGCUUCUUAACCCUAGAAUACUACUGAUUUUAGAAGAACAUAUCUACUACUGACACAUAUUUCAAAAAAACUAAUAUUUGUUAUCAAACAUCAUUUAUUAUUUCAGUAUUCUAGGGCUAAGAAAAUUUGCGGUUCCCUAAGUUUUCCUAGUUAUAUAGGAGGAUGCAAUAGGGUAAUUUUUUAUUGAAAUGGGGGACUAUGAAUUAUACCAAGCAAUAAAAUCUUUUGCAUCUUCUAAUGAAGACGAAUUGGAGUUCCAAAGAGGAGAUGUAUUUGAAGUUUCUAUUCAAAGCCCAUUUGAACCUAACCAAUCUAGAAGACCUGGAUGGUUAUUUGCCUAUAGUAGAAGAACUAAUGGAAUUGGAUAUGUACCAGUGGAACUUGUCAAGCUACUAGGUUCAGAAGUAGGAAAAACAAUUCAUCACCCUUCAGCAUGCGGAGUAGAAGUUUCAAAUUCAAAAUCUGGAUUUUCCAGUCUUAUACAGCGCUUAAGAAUAUCAGAAGUUGACAGUAGGCCUGAACACAACUUUGACGAUGUCUUCUUCUUGACCCCGGUUCUUUGUAAACACUGUAGAGAUUACAUUUGGGGCCAAGGACACAUAGGGGUAAAAUGUAGAGAUUGUCACGCUUGCUUCCACAACUUCUGCCUGAAAUUUUGCAACCAGCAUUUGUGCCAGAAGGACACCGAUGCUCUUCCACCAGUUACCCUAGAUUACGACAAGCAAAUUACCGAGUGGACCUGUUCAAACGUCAUAGAAUGGAUGGCGGCCGUUAAUCUUUAUAACUAUGCUGAUGUCUUCAGAUGCAAGGAUGUCAAGGGCGCAGAUUUAAUCAAUCUGGAUAGAGAUAAGCUAGUUGCUAUGGGAAUAAAAGACGAGUUCCACCAAAAAGCCAUACUAUCCUGUGUUGAUGAACUUCUCAAAAAGCCAGAGAUAUGCCUAACGUUAAGAAAUAUUGAUGUUGAGGAAGCCGCAUCGUCCACAGGCACAAACUACACACAUAAUUUGACACAACAUAGCUUUAGUACCCUUGAAAGGUGUGAUAAAUGCAACAAAUAUCUUCGAGGUCUUCUUCAUCAAGGUUUUAUAUGUCAAGACUGCGGACUCGUAGCUCACCGAACUUGCGCAGCAACUGAUCUUCCGUCUUGUACUCACCGUCCAAUGGAUGAUAGAUCCCAUUUCAUUCAGUUCAAAUCGUUUUUUGGUCAGGGACUCUGUUGCCAGUUCAGCCUUACUGAAAGUGCAGCACCUGAUCUUCUCAUCUACUGCGCCGAUGAACUUGAGAAGCGCGCCCAAAGUAAUGAAUCUCUCGAGCUGUAUAAUUUGUAUUGCGCUACCCCACCGGCAGAUCAACUUUUAUCGCUUGUUAAGAAGAUUGAAGAAAAUCCCAAUGACAUGAACCUAUCGGAAUUCAGUCCUGUCUCAAUUGCCGGCGUUUUUAAGAAGUAUUUACGAGAAUUGCCAGAUCCUCUGAUCCCGGUGCAAUGGUACGAUAAGUUCCUAGAAGCAUCAAGAAAAAGAAACGAUGAGGAAUGUACGUCCAUAUUGAGACAGUUGGUGGAAGAGCUACCGCCUCAUCACAAGUCCACUCUUAGAUUCAUUAUGGGUCAUUUGUGCAGAAUAUGCCAACUAGAAUAUGCUAGAGGAAACAAGAGUCCUCCAACUGUAUUAAUUCAAGUUAUGUGUCACAUUUUCUUGAGACCUCCGUGGGAACGAAUUAUACAAGUUGUCUACAACACACAAGCCCAUAAUCGGAUCGUCGAGUUGUUAUUGCUGUCAUGUGAUUGGGGAGAAAAACUUCCGGAAUUUGCUUCAGCUCCAGCUAUACCUCCUAGAAAAGUGUCUCGCAUGGGGAGUAGUGUUUAUCACGGAAUGAUCGACAGGGAUAAAGAAAAACUCAAUGCUGUGUUGAGUUUGCAAGAUGCGGAGUGGUACUGGGGUGAUAUAAAGCGUGAAGAUGUGAACGAAGUGCUAAAUGAUACUGUAGAUGGAACAUUUUUGGUUAGAGAUGCAUCGAGUAAAUGCGGAGAGUACACUCUAACUCUACGCAAAGGUGGUGCAAACAAACUGAUAAAGAUAUGCCAUCGUAAUGGAAUGUACGGUUUUACAGAACCAUAUACGUUCCCGUCAGUUGUAGACCUGAUUAAUCAUUUUAGAAAUGAUUCAUUAUCGCAGUAUAACGCUUCAUUGGAUAUAAAAUUGCUGUAUCCCGUUUCGCGGAAUAACCAAGAAGAGGAGUUAGCCAAGACUGAAAAAAUCGAAAAGCUAGUUGAAAAGUUGGUCUAUCUCAAUAAAAGUUUAACGGAAAAGAAUAGAGUUUCUGAGACAGUUUCUAAAGACUUUAACGAUACAUCAAUAGAAGUACAAACCAAAAGGCAAGCUCUGGAUGCACUCAAAGAAUUAGUACAAGUAUUCAGGGAGCAAACGACCAUUCAAGAAAAAUUUCAGAAUGAAGCCCAGCCUCAUGAAAUUAAGAGCCUGGAAUUAAACUCAGAGUUACUCAAGAAGCGAUUGAAUUUGAUGUCUGAAAGUUGUGAACAGUUAGAAGAGAUUUUAAAGCAAAAAGAGGCAUAUAGAAAAGCGUUGGAAAGAGAAUUGACUUCCUUGAAACCACAAAUUCACAAUUUGGUGCGUGAAAGAGACAAGCACACUAGAUGGCUCUUACAAAGAGGAUUCUCCAUAACGAAGAUUAAUCAGGUUCUGAAUAGAAGCGCUGAGGAAGCCCCUGGAGAUUGUGAGAUAGAUACAGAUACUCUGCCACAUAACGAUGAAAGUACUUGGCUGAUGCUGAAUUGUUCCCGUAUUGAUGCUGAAAAACUUUUAGACGGCAAGCAGGAUGGCACAUUUUUGAUAAGAAAGUCAAGACAGAUGAAUAAAUAUGCAUUAUCUGUACAGUGUAAUGGAGGUACUAACCAUUGCAUCAUCAAUGAAACUCAGAAAGGACUAGGCUUCACUGAACCAUAUAAUAUUUACCCCACUCUGAAGGAUUUAGUACUGCAUUAUGCUACAAAUUCUCUGGAAAUCCACAAUGAUCUGCUUAACACGGUUCUGGCCUAUCCUAUUUGGGCAAGUAAUGGGAAUCACAACCGGGAUAAUAGUGUCUACGUCGGUUCUCAAUGAGAAAUUUGUGAUAAUAUGAAGCUGCUGUGACUUUUUUAUUCCCAUAAUAUUGUGAUGGUGAUAAUUUUGAAAAAAAAAAACAAUUUUAACAAAUUUUUAUUAAAUUAUGUAUUAUAUAUAUUAUAUUAUACAUAAAAUUUAUAUUUACAUGACUGGUUUACAAUUGGAUAAACUUUUGCUUCAACACCAGGUUAAAAUGACUGUGAUAGUGUACUAAAGAUGAGUUUCACAUGUACUUACUACGGCUUUGGCGGUGAAUGUUAGAAAAAGUGAAUCUGCCAGAGCUAUAACACUACGCUUUGGUUACGAAUAUUCUAAUAACCAUUUGUGACUCUAUAAUAACAGCUUGGCAAGAAAACCAUUUUUCGCUCUGCUCAUUAUUGUAUCAUGGGUAUAUAAAUUUUUAAAUGUUCUAAUUUAUAUUCCAUAUAUUAUUUUUU